AAGCUCAACCAAGUAAAAUUAUCAUUACGUCACUCCACAAGAUGAAGAUCCAACAACUACUAAUCACAGUGUAUAUAUUUGCGUUAGCAUCAGCUAGUCUCGCUCCUUUGUUGGUUGCAUCUCAUAAACUAGUGCCAGGAUUAAAGCAGCUAAUAAAUCCAUCAAAUAUCGAACCUCAUAAUGUCACGUCGGUGACUAAUCUUCUAAAGAAAUUGGUGACAGAAUGUUCGUCAGAUGCAUACUUGAUAGUCAAUCAACCAGGAUUAACCUACCAAGACUUGAUCACUGCUAAUAAAGAUCAUUGGCCAAUGUUACGUAAAUACCUCUACAUGUCAUCAACUACUGUGGGUAUUCCACGAAUUGAUGGCGUUAUAGAUUUACAAUUCUUGCAGGAUUACAUUGUCAACACUUGUGAGGCAGAGGUUAUCAAUGUGUGGAAUGAAGACGAAGGGGAAGUGGUUGACUACUUUGAUAUCCGUAAACGUGUUAUUCGAAUUGAUCUUGGUGAAUUACCUACUGGUAGUGAACGUAACCUUGAAAUCCUUAACCAUGAUGAAUUAUUAAGAAAGAUAUUGAGAAAGUUACCAUCGCCACAUUAUACAAUCAUUCUAACUUCUGAUUCACCAGGGGUCAUUCAUCCUGUUCCUGGUGUCCACAUGGCAGAGUUUCCUGAUCGAUUUGAAAUAUUCAAUGAUAUAAUAAACGAUCCUAUGCAUUCUCGUGAAAUUGAGAAGAAUAACAAUUUCCAUUCCGUGGAACCAAAUUGGAAUCCUAUACGUAAUUCAAAUGACCGAUACAUAAGAAACAAACACAAUGACGAAGUACAUUUGUUGGAUUACGACUUGUGGACCAAGAAUGAAAAAUUAAUUUCAACAUUGAUUGUCAUGAUCUUGAGUAUAUUCAUGAUGAAAAUUUUACAGUUCUUCAACUACCUUAAAAAGAGAAUUGUACUGUACAAGCAAAACAAAAACACUAAGGGAAUAAUAGGUAAGAAGUUAGAUUAGGUUCAUAAAAAAUAGAUUUAUAUUCAUUACAUAACAAUCUCGUUU